CGUUUCAAGUUCAGUUUGUCUGCAGCUCAUUAAUUUCUCAAAGUUUGGAGAACUUCGCUUCAGCCCGGGCUGCCUCGGCUCAGCGCGUCCCGUUCCGUCCGCCGCUACAGCCCUGGCGCCGCCUUACCAUGUGUGACAGCCUUAGUCUCCGGCUUUUAAUACUGUCUUCGCUGCUUUUAAGCUUUGGACUGUCGGCAGUAGCAGCGGACCCGGAGGAGGCUGCUCUGGUCGUCCCAGUGCGGUUAACGGAGGACGAGGUCCACCUGCUGAUGGAUGCGGCCGGGCGGAGCGGCCGCGGACGGGGGCGGCGCUCUCUGAGCCAGCAGGGAAGCCGCAGUCUGGAGCAGAGCCGAGACCUGUUCCUGCUUUUGCCGGCCUUCGGCACAGACCUUUUCCUCCAGCUCAGGAAAGACGCAGGGUUCCUAUCGGAAGACUUCGUGAUUGAAGAGAUGCGGGAUAACGGGACUGCACCGGCGAAGAGUUAUCCCGGUCCCAGUGCCGCUUUCUGCUUCUACACCGGGCGGGUUCUCAAUCACACCGGCUCUUUUGCAACCCUCAGCACCUGUGGUGGUCUGACUGGAUGGGUGCAGACGGAACAUGACAGCAUGUUCAUCGAACCCACGGCGAGCUCCGGCACUUUUGCUGGCGUGGAGCAUAGGGUCGUCCGCCGGCGGAGAUCUCCCACAGCCAGGCCCCCCCACAUGGAAACGGAGAUGACAAAGCACUGUGAGACCAUUCAAGGGAAGAAGGAGAGGAAGACCAAGGAAUGGGAGGACCGGCGAGAACGCAGGAACGCCAUCCGGCGGGGCGGCGACUACACCGUGGAGACGGUGGUGGUGGCCGAUUCGGACAUGGUGGCGUACCACGGGCCCGAGGCGGCUCAGAGGUUCAUCCUGACGGUGAUGAACAUGGUGUACAACAUGUUUCGCCACAAGAGCCUGGGUGUCAGCAUCAACAUCCGAGUGACUAAGCUGGUUCUGCUCCACAGCCGCCCGGAGAAGCUGAGGGUGGGUCACCAUGGUGAGCGGUCCCUGGAAAGCUUCUGUCACUGGCAACACGAGGAGUUUGGUGGGCCCCGAUUCUUAGGCAACAACCACGUUCCCGGAGGGAGAGAUGACCCGCCUCCGAUGGACGUCGCUGUGUUCGUCACCAGGACCGAUUUCUGUGUCCAUAAAGAUGAGCCGUGCGACACCGUUGGAAUCGCCUAUCUGGGCGGGGCCUGCAGUGCCAAGAGGAAGUGCGUGCUGGCAGAGGAUAACGGUCUGAAUCUGGCCUUCACCAUCGCCCACGAGCUCGGCCACAACAUGGGCAUGAGCCACGACGACGACCACGCCACCUGCACCGGACACUCGCACAUCAUGUCGGGGGAGUGGGUGAAGGGCAGGAACCCCAGCGACCUGUCCUGGUCCACCUGCAGCCGCGAAGACCUCGAGAACUUCCUCAGGUCCAAGGCCAGCGCGUGCCUACUGCAGAUGGACCCGCGCAGCCCCUACAUGGUGCGUCUGCCCCCGAAGCUGCCUGGCAUGCACUACAGCGCCGACGGGCAGUGCCAGAUUUUAUUUGGCACCAACGCCACCUUCUGCCAGGAUAUGGAGCACCUGAUGUGCGCUGGCUUGUGGUGCCUUGUGGAAGGAGACACUACCUGCAAAACCACAUUAGACCCCCCCCUGGAUGGGACAGAGUGUGGAGCCGACAAGUGGUGCAGGGCAGGAGACUGCGUCAGCAAGACCCCCAUCCCGCAGCACCUGGACGGGGACUGGGGCCCCUGGGGCCCCUGGAGCAUGUGCAGUCGAACCUGCGGCACUGGGGUCCGCUUCCGCCAGAGGAAGUGCGACAACCCUCCGCCGGGGCCCGGGGGGCGCCACUGCCAAAAAGCCAGCGUGGAGCACAAGGCCUGUGAAGCCCCCCCCUGUGCCAAGGGGCUGCCCACCUUCCGGGACCAGCAAUGCCAGGCUCAGGAGCGGCAGGCCGCCAAGAGGAAGGCCGCCAUGUGGACGGCCGUGGUAAAUGACGAGAAGCCGUGCGUCCUCUUCUGCACCCCCGUGGGCCACGAGGUCUCCGUCUUAGUGGCGGAGCGUGUCCUGGAUGGCACCCCCUGCGGACCCUAUGAGACCGACCUCUGCGUCAACGGAAAGUGCCAGAAAAUUGGCUGCGAUGGAAUCAUUGGAUCUUCUGCCAAAGAGGACCGCUGUGGUGUGUGCAAUGGUGACGGCAAAUCCUGCAAGAUAGUCAAGGGUGACUUCAAUCACACCAAAGGAAUGGUCACCAGUAGCCAUUGUAAGAAGGUUUCUACGUGUGUGAUGUCAAAGCCCAGGGCUGUUCCCAAGUGUUUCUCAUGUUACGUCGAGGCAGCCGUCAUCCCAGCCGGGGCGCGCAGGAUCAAGGUCGUGGAGGACAAGCCAUCCCACAGCUUUCUGGCUCUGAGAGACUCUAGCAAGAGGUCCAUCAACAGCGACUGGAAGAUUGAGCUGCCUGGGGAGUUUGAACUGGCCGGCACCACCGUGCGUUACGUGAGGAGGGGGCUCUGGGAGAAGAUGUCCGCCAGGGGCCCUACAAAGACGCCCCUCCACCUCAUGGUGCUGCUGUUCCACGACCAAACGUAUGGCAUCCACUACGAGUACACUGUGUCCCUGAGCCAGACGCAGGAGGUCGGGGACCCGCCCGCAACAGAACCCACCCACCUUUACAUCUGGACCCACAGCGGCUGGGAGGACUGCAGUGUGCAGUGUGGUGGAGGUGAGAGAAAAACUGUCGUUUCCUGCAUGAAGAUCGUGAACAAGACCAUGGCGCUGGUGAACGACAGCCACUGCAACCUGGAGAACCGACUGGCUCCCCAAACCACUGCGUGCAACAUGCAGUCCUGCCAGUCCCGCUUCCUGACGAGCGGGUGGGGCCCCUGCUCCGUGUCCUGUGGGAAGGGUCUGCAGCUGCGCGAAGUGAUGUGCAUCUACCAGCUGCAGAACGGCUCCUAUGUCAACGCCCUCGCCGUCUACUGCCCGGGGCCCAAGCCUAGCGCCGUGCGAACCUGCGAGACCCGACACUGCGGCAGCAUGUGGGAGGCUUCAGAGUGGUCCAAGUGCUCGUCACACUGCGGCCAGGGCACCCGCAGGCGCACCAUCACCUGCACCAACCCACAUGGCAGAUGA